GAACAUAGCCUAAGUGGUAAGUAACGGGACACUUAUGAGUUAUGACUCAGCAAGAUAAUCUAAACAACAACCUGAACCCAGAACCCGUAUGUUCAGCCUCACGGCAAUAAGUACCUCCACAUAUACGAGGGACGAGGAGGAUUAUAAUUUCGCACAAUUAACCAUGUAUCAUGGUGAAACUAAAUGAUUUCUUCGUAGCUUGUGGCUUGUGCUUCAAGUGCUUUUUGCUCAUGCACCAUGCUCCCGGGAGUCCUCAUUCAUUGUUUUUUUAGAACUACUAACACACAAUUUCAAAUAAACUGAUCGUUGUGUCUUCAUUCAUUGUUCUUUUAGAACUACAACUUCCAUGAAGCAAUAAUGUGGUGAAAACUGAAAACCACCCUUAUAAUGGAUAAAGAGUUGUUUGUAAGAAUAAUCUUCAUGAUGAUGAAUUAGGAUUGACAAUUUUACUCAAAUAUGAUUGCACUGUAACUGAGAAAUAUAAGACAAAUUAAAUUCUUGAUGCGAAGAAUUAUGUUGGUUAUUUAUGAUUGAUCUUAUUUUUUUUAUUCAUUUUGUUGGUGUUAUAAAUCUAUGGUAAUUACUUAGAGCUGUUUGCAAAGUUCAUAUAUAAUCAAGAAAAGCAUGGGUGAAAAAGUGAAAUAUUAUUAAAAAUUAACAAAGUGCGUGAAUGCAAAAAUAAAGGAAAAAUAAAGAGAGAUUUUUUAGACGAGAAACUAGAAAAAUUCUAUUAAAAUGUCAAUCUAACAUCUAAAAAAGAUCUAAACAUAAUGUAGAUAUACUUUAACGAAAUAAGUUCCUUUUAAAAAAAUAAAAUAAAAUUAAUGAAACAAUUUUGUGGUCUAUAUAAUAAAGGCAAUGAAAGAAGAAGAGCAAGUAUGAAGGAAAAAGAUAAACUCUCUAGCUACGGAUUUAAUAUCUUGUUGCUAAACUUACUUAUAGAUUUAGCAAGCCGGUAAGUAACCUACAUCGAUCAUUCACAUAAAAUGCAACUUAGAGUUUGGCUUGAUGUGAGAUAAUUAAUAGUUGAGACUUAAGAUUUUUAAUGAAGGACGGACAUAGUUAGAAUUUUCUUGUAAAUUUUUACAAACGCACACAGAAAAGAAAAACUUUUAGGAUGCAUUCACUUCAACUUAAAUUAACUAAAAUUUUCAGAGGAAAAAAAGCUAAACUGAACUAAAAGUAAGCAAAACAAACAAGAUGUAUAAUAUAUUUUAAAAGAAAUUUGGUGAUAUGGGAGAAGGGACAAUGUCUGAGCAAGUUCAAUGGUUCCCUGACGAGUUUAUCUGAAACCAUCCUUGGCUUUAGUGAAGUGGAGAUUGGAGGGUGUGGGUGUCCCAAUGUUGUGUGUGCCCGGUAACCCAUGUUAGGUCUUGAGUCCUGAAGCCAUCCCAUAUUUUGAUAAUAUUCUUGUUUUGUUUACUAGGACUCCAUACUUGCUUGCAAACGACAAGGGGAAAGCAGGUAAAUUCAAAGAGGACAAAACAUACUACUUCAUAUGAUAAUGAUAUACAAAUUAAUAGUCUUUCUCGUAUAAGUAGUGCAUCAACUCAUCAAGCAUAGAUUAGAUUAAAAGAAAUCAGGCAUAUAAUAGAAAAAUCAUGCAAAAAAAUUGAUGACAUUCAUUUCCCACUUCCCAGUUCCCAGACUUCCCACUUCCCACUGCUGACUGCACUACAUUGAAUAUUUCAAUUGACCACUUCUUUUCAAGUAUUGUAGCUCAUUACUAUAAUAUAGAAAUGCCAGAGAUCCAGCAACCACGCAGCUUGGAUUAGUAUUUUUUAUUUUCUUGGCAGAUUCUGUCAUUAUUUUUUUCCCAUAGCAUAAAAAAUGUUCAUAUUAUCAAGAGAGACAAGAGAGAUUGUUGGGUCUUGUCUUGGUGUAUUCCAAUUUGACUCAAAGAGUGAAGUAGGAAAGGAACCAAAAAUAUAGAGGUAAUAUGAUCUGCACUUGCUGAUGCUACACUUUUAAUCUAUCUGAUUAAUGAUGCUAACACUUAGCAGCAGAUGUUCAUCUUUGUCUCUGUUGCAUUCGUCUUUCUUAUAUCUACUUGGUCUUGUUAUUCAAAUUCAUGUCAUCACACAAGCCAACUUUGGUACUGAAUAAAGUUUAGUAGCUCUACUACCUAAGUGGUAAGUUGGUAACUGGUGGUAAGUACCUAUCAGGCUAUCAAUCAGUUACCAAAACAAGGAUGAAUAUGACUCAUAGUCAUAUGAGAGAAGAAGUAGAGUCAUCUUCUAAAUCCGCACUUGAUAAUCAAUGCAAUUCCAAAAAGCCCCCUCUCACUCUCUGCAUUAAAACUGGUAUAUGCAGCAACAAUGUGAUGACUUCAGUUGCUAAUAAGCAGCAACAGCAACUACCUGUUGAACAAUCAUCUGGAUACAGUUCGCCUUGUGUCAUUUCCCCUCCCUCUUCUGCAUUUGUGUCUGCUCUCCAGUCACCUUACAUUUCUCCACGAGCCUUGACUCCAAGCUCCCCUGAGAACGAGAAAGACAAGCUGCAACUCCCUUCCCCACCUGUCUCUUAUUGUGGGUCCCUCUCCGAGGACAUCCCCAGCAGUUCUUAUACUCCUGCGGCUGCUCCAGACAGGUCAGAUUUCUCAGAUGAUGAAAACCUCACAUUUGUGGCAGAGAACACCUCAGGAGCAGCACCUCGCAUUUCUUUCUCUUUCCCACUCCCACGCCUUUCCUUUGCAAAAGCAUCUAUCUCCCCUCCUGUACUCAACUCCAAACUAAGAAGCUGCGAUGUUUUCAUAGGCUAUCAUGGCCAAAAUACUAAUUUGGUGCGCUAUUGCAAGUGGCUCAAGUCAGAGCUUGAGCUUCAGGGUAUCGCUUGCUUCCUUGCUGAUAGAGCAAAGUAUGCAGACACUCAGAGUCAUGAAAUUGCUGACCGAGUCAUUUGUUCCGUCAGUUUUGGCAUUGUGGUGAUUUCAAGUGCUAGUUUGUACAACCAUUUCAGUACAGAAGAGGUUAGAUUCUUCACCCAGAAAAAGAACUUGAUUCCCAUGUUCUUUGACACAGAACCAACGGAAAUUGCAAGUCUUCUCAACUGCACAUCUGAUAACAAACAGUGCAGAGAGGCAAUAGAGGGGCUGACUAGACAUCAUGAAUUCAAGCUGGAAGCCAAGGAUGGUGAUUGGAGAAGCUGUAUCUCCAAAGCUGUUGGCAUAUUGUGUUCAAAGCUAGGACGACAGAGCACCACUGCCAAGGAUCUAGAAUGUGAAGCAAUCGAGUUACCCUUUCCACGAAACAAAAAUUUUGUAGGGAGACUCAAGGAGAUGAUGGAGAUGGAAGUUGCCUUCUUUGGAAAUGGGGAGUCAUGUCUUCAGCUUAACCAGCUACAACCAUUCUCUCUCCCUGCCUCAGUCAGAAAAGAAAGCACAUCUGGUCAAUCUGAAGGCUUGGUAGAUGAGGCAACUGACAUGGAUGAAUCCAGUACAGGAGGGAGGUACAUUAGUUUGGAGAUGGAAAUGAGCAGGACCAAGGCUCUUGCUGCAGAAUCCCAGUUUGAAACUACCAGAAGUAGAAACUCCUUGAAAAGGCUCAAGUACAAGAAAUCAAGAAGUACUAGCAAGGGUAAGAUCCCUGCCAGUAGCGUAAUCUGCAUCAGCGGGCCUCCAGGUGUUGGAAAGACUGAGCUUGCUCUGGAAUUUGCCUACAAAUAUUCCCAUAGAUACAAGAUGGUGCUUUGGGCAGGUGGAGAAGCUCGCUACCUCAGGCAAAACAUAUUGAAUAUGUCAAUACAUCUGAGUUCAGAUGUCAGUGCUGAUCCUGAGAGGGAAAGAGGGAGAAUCAGAAAUUUCGAGGAACAAGAAUAUGAAGCAUUUAAGAGGAUAACGAGAGAACUGUUUCGAGAUAUACCUUACUUGAUCAUCAUAGAUCAUCUUGAGACUGAGAACGAAUGGUGGGAGGGAAAGGAUAUGCACGACCUCAUCCCAAGAACCACUGGAGGGACUCAUGUGAUCAUUACGACAAGACUCCCGAAGGUAAUGAAUUUUGAUGUCAUGAUGCUUGAAACAUUGCCUUUGCCUGAUGCAGUGAUGCUAGUAAGAGGAAGAAGAAAUAAAGAAUAUUCUGCGGAGGAGUACGGAUAUCUAGCAAAAAUUGAAGAAAAAAUAGGAAGGUCAACUUUUGGCUUGUCCAUGGUUGAUUCACUACUUGCAGAGCUUGCUAUUUCACCAUCUGCUCUUUUUGAGGUUGUGCAACAAACCUCAUUUGAAGAAGUGUCUGGCAGCACUUUCUCGAGCACCAGCGAGAAGCAACUCUGGAGGAGCAAUCCUUUCUUGAUAAAAAUGCUUGGAUUUUGCAUUUCCAUCUUGGAUAAAGCAACCCUUAAGAAGAAUUGUCUAGCCACAAAGAUGCUUUUUGUGGGUGCAUGGUGUGCUCCAUCACCUAUCUCAGCAACUUUACUGGUCACGGCAGCUAAGCAUAUACCUACAACAGAGACUCGUUUAAAGAAAUGGAGCAAGUGCCUAAAUCCUACAUUGUGUUGUUGGGGAUGUCCUUUAAUUACUAGAACUUGGAAAAGUGAAGAGGAAUAUGCUCUUCUUUUGGUGAGACUAGGAUUAGCGCGAAGAGUAAUGUGUCAGCCAGGGGUGUGGAUACAGUUCCACCCCAUAACUAGAAUGUUUGGUAGAACAAGAGAUAGAGAAGGUGUGACGCAGGCAACAGUAUUUGCUGUAAUGAAAAUGGGAAAGCCAUUGCUAAACUGGGAUCAUCUCUGGGCUAGUGCAUUUUUAGUAUUUGGAUUCAAAUCAGAGCCCCCACUUGUUCACCUGAAAGUAAUGGACAUGGUUGUAUUCAUUAAGAAAACAGCUAUUCCUCUGGCCAUUGGAACUUUCACAACAUUUUCAAGAUGUAACUCUGCAUUGGAGCUCCUAAAGGUCUCGACAAGUGUACUUGAGGAUGUGGAGAAAUCAUUUGUGUCCCAAAUACAAGAUUGGCGUCAUGGAUCACUUUGCUGGAAUAAUAAAAAGGUGCAGCAGUCCAAUCAGAAUGUAGAUGAAUAUGCCUGGGAAGAAGUCACUUUAUUGAAAGCUACAUUGUUGGAGACCAGAGCCAAAUUGUUGUUAAGAGGGGGAUAUUUUAGUAGCGCUGAGGAACUUUGUAGAACUUGUAUAAGUAUCAGGACGGUGAUGCUAGGUCACAACCAUGCACAAACGUUGGCUGCUCAAGAGACAUUGGCUAAAUUGGUCAGAGGAAGGAGCAAAAUAUGAGUAAGAUUAGAUUUUUUUUUUUCUUUUGAUGCUAAUGAGGAUUGAGGGGCAAGCCUAAAAAAAGAGGAGUCUUAGAUUUGUUCAUAAUGUAGUCACAAUAUUUAUUUACAAUUGCAAAAAUUAGAUAUAUCUUUUCUUAUCUGAAUUUCUGAUA